AUGUGUUUCCACCGCCGCCUCGUCUUCACCUGUUCCCACCACGCCUGGCUCAACCUAACCAAAGCCUGCGACACAGAAGCGUCCUUCGAGCGCGGCAACACCGACACAGGCUGCAGCAUCCGAUGGUCACACGGCUACGAUACGAUACGAGUCCAAGACAAAUGUGCCAAGUGUGCCGGCACGCAGCAAGGCGACUCCUACCGGUUUGGCGUCGUCAAGGACCAAAUCCAGGCGCUCAAGGAGCAUUUGAAGUUGAUAAAGGGGGACCGGCAGAUUAAGGAGGAGGCGUGGCUUAGUGGGGAGGUUGAGCCGGGACGGUCGGGGGAGGAGGAUGGUGGGGAGGGUGAUCGUGAUGAGAAGGGGCAAGAUGCUGGCGGUUCCCUUUCUUCUUUUUCUUUUUCUCCUGGUGGGACGGGGAGGCUUAGUGGGGGUACGAUGGUUGGUGAGGAAGAGUAUUUAAUUAAGAUCAACUCUGAACAACAACAGUAA